AUGGCUCGUGGCAACCAGCGCGAAAAGUCCCGCGAGGCUAACCUCAAGAAACAGGCGGCUGCUAAAAAGGGAAACACCCUGAGCGGUUCCGAGAUGCAGCGUGCCAAGGAGACUGCUGCCGAUAUCAUGCGCAAGAAGCAGGCUGCCGCCGAGGCUAAAAAGGCCGCCGAAGGAAAGAAAUGA